CAGUUCAGUCUUCCACGGGAUUCAGUUAGUUACAGUCGCAAGAAUGUUGACGAAAACAUUUUUCACAAUUGUAUUAAUAAAUACAUAUAUAAUUCUUUCUGAUUCUAUUCAAAUUUCCGAGCUUAAUGAGACUAAAGCGUUUUUGUCGAUUAGUUCUCAGCUAACCGAACUGAGAGAGGAGUUAGAACGUCAAGGAAAGUUGCUCGAAGACUCAAUCAAGGAUACAAAUCUGCAUCAUUUAAAAUCUUACGGCCGUAAUUGUGCUGAAGCAACUGUUAAUUCUAAGCCUAGUGGGAUCUACGAAAUACUCAUUCCCAGCUACAGUAAACACCACUUUAAAGUGUUCUGUGAUUCAACAACUCAGGGAGGAGGUUGGUCUGUCAUCUUGAGUCGAAUGGAUGGAAGUGUGGACUUUUAUCGGAACUGGAAUACCUACAAAAAGGGAUUUGGAGAUUUGGAUGGAGAGUUCUUUUUGGGGUUGGAUAAAAUACAUGCCCUGACGUCAGAAUACAGCCAGGAGUUGCUCGUUGUUCUCGAGGAUUUUGAGGGAACUGAAAAGUUUGAGAAGUAUGAGAAAUUCUCAAUCGGGGACGAGGAUGAACAAUAUGAGCUACACACUCUGGGAAAAGCUAGUGGAACUGCUGGCGACUGUCUAAGAUAUCACCAUACCAUGAAAUUUACAACGUUCGAUCGUGAUAAUGAUCUUGAUAGCGUCAACGACGCCGAAAAGUACAGUGGUGCCUGGUGGUACAAGACUGGCCAUUGCAACAACUUGACGGGCAAAUAUAAUGCCACCACCGGCUACAAGGGCAUCCAUUGGGGACCUUUUCACAAACGGGAGUACUCCCUGAAAAAAGCCGUAAUGAUGAUACGGCCAAGGAAGUGAAACCUACACCGAUCUUUGGGUGCUCUUUGACAAUAUUAAGACGUCCCAAUUUAAAACUUUCACAAAUUGUAUUCCUAUUGUCGAAGCGAUUGCUGUUUGAUUGCAAAACCUAUCGACAUAUGUAGUCAACUGAUCGAGCCAGUGUUGCUAAGCUCUAAAGAGUAAAAUAUAGCUGUCUCUGGCUGUAAAGCAUCCGAAAAAUUUAUGAAAUUGCACUGCAAUUUGGAUAAAAAAAAAACUAGCCAACAAAUCUUGGAUCGUGGAUUUAAGCACAUUUUCCGGCUAAAAGCACUUUUUAAUAUUUCUAGCAAUCGAACUAUGAAAAUAGUUAAUAGCUUUAAAAUAGCUACAUUCUAACAGAGUUG